AUGACGAAAGGAUCUGAUCUCAUGUCCCAACCACCGUACACCAUAGUCCUAGCUUGCGACGACGCAGGACACGACUACAAGUCCACUCUGAAAUCACUCCUCGAAGCUGACAAACGAGUCAAGGGAGUGAUCGAUGUGGGAGUACACAAGAAUGAAGAAGGGAAGAUAGACAAGACUGCUUAUCCUCAUGUAGCUGUGGAUGCUGCUAGGAAAAUUAUCAAUGGAGAGGCUGACAGGGGUUUGUUAGUAUGUGGAACGGGUAUGGGCGUGGCCAUCUCCGCCAACAAAGUCCCAGGUAUCCGAGCCUCCGUAGCCCACGACAGUUUCUCAGUUGAGAGAUUGAUCAAAUCGAACAACGCUCAGAUACUAUGUCUCGGUCAGAGAGUGAUAGGUAUAGAAGUAGCUAAGAAGCUGGUAGGCGAGUGGUUAGGUCACACAUUCGAUCCUGAAAGUGCAUCAAAUGAAAAAGUGAAAACUAUACAUGACUAUGAUGGGUUCGGAUAUGAGGCUGUACCCGGAGGAUGUAGCUAG